AUGGAGAUUCUGUUCCUGAAAAUGCUUCUGCUGCUGGCUGGCUGUUUAGUUGGGCUCUUCUAUCACCUCUCAGAUCUUUGUGUGGGUGAGAAGAGAACAGUUCAGAACAAGCCGAAUUUCAUAGUCAUUUUGGCAGAUGAUGUUGGAUGGGGGGACCUUGGGGCCAACUGGGCAGAAACCAAGGACACUCCUAACUUGGAUCAGAUGGCUGCAGAAGGAAUGAGAUUUGUGGAUUUUCACUCUGCUGCAUCCACUUGCUCCCCAUCCCGUGCCUCCCUGCUCACAGGAAGGCUCGGCAUUCGCAAUGGAGUGACCCACAACUUUGCUGUCACGUCAGUGGGUGGCCUCCCCCUCAAUGAGACUACGUUAGCUGAGGUUCUGAAGGAAGCAGGAUACAUCACUGCGGUAAUAGGUAAAUGGCACCUCGGGCACAGCGGCCUCUAUCAUCCCAACUUUCGUGGUUUCGACUAUUACUUCGGGAUCCCCUACAGUCACGACAUGGGUUGUACUGACACCCCAGGCUACGACCUCCCUCCCUGUCCGGCAUGCCCUCGACACUCUGCAGCCACAAGCAGCCAUGGGAGAGAUUGUUACACCAAGGUGGCUCUUCCUCUCUUUGAAAACAUCACCAUCAUCCAACAGCCUGUGAACCUCACUGGCUUGGCUGCAGAGUAUGCAGAAAAAGCAACUCAGUUCAUCCAGUGCGCAAGUGAAAGCGGACGCCCGUUCUUCCUAUACCUAGCGCUGGCCCAUAUGCACGUGCCCUUGGUCCUCGCUCAGCCUCCCUCCAGCUCCUCAUUCCCUGAGCCAUACCGAGCCAGCCUGAGGGAGAUGGAUGCCCUGGUGGGACGGAUAAAGGACAAAGUUGACGGCUGCGGGAAGGAAAAUACAUUCCUUUGGUUCACAGGAGACAACGGCCCUUGGGCUCAGAAGUGCGAGCUUGCAGGGAGCGUGGGCCCGUUCUCCGGGGCAUGGCAAAGGCAACGAGGUGGGAGUGCAGCCAAGCAAACAACCUGGGAAGGGGGACAUCGUGUUCCGGCGCUGGCUUAUUGGCCUGGCAGGAUCCCUGCAAACGUGACGAGCGCUGCACUGUUGAGCACCACAGACAUUUUCCCCACCUUGGUGUCCCUGGCAAAGGCAAGCCUGCCUCCCAACAGGCGCUUUGAUGGUUCAGACGUGUCUGAGAUUCUCUUCGGGCAGUCGCACCAAGGGCACAAGACGUUGUUUCACCCCAAUAGUGGAGCAGCUGGAAAGGACGGAGAGAUAAAAGCGCUACGGCUGGCUCAAUACAAGGCAUUUUACACUACAGGCUGCUACAUCUGCUGGAAACUAAUGACACUGCAGCAGGGAUGGCUGCCAGGGGACUUUAGAGUUUUUCUCUGGGUUUCCAUUCCAGGCGGGGCGAAAGCCUGUGACGGAAGCAUUGGGCUAGAAGAGCAUCACCAACCGCCGCUCAUUUUUAAUCUGGAUCAAGACAUUCAGGAGCAGGUGCCUCUGGACGUGAAGGCUGGCGAGUAUCAGGCUGUGCUACCUGCGAUAACCAGGGCUUUGACAGACUUUCUUCAGGAUAUUGCAACAGACAACGUCUCAACAGCGGAUUACUCCCAUGAUCCAGCAGCGACGCCCUGCUGCAAUCCACAGCACAUAGUUUGCCGAUGUCAGGCUAGCUGUAACAGGGAGCCGUAGACAAGCGUUUCACACUGAAUCGGCUAGCAGGUCAGUCUGUGCCG